UGAAGGCUCUUGGCUAAUCAGAACAGAUACUUCAAAGAACACAGAAGAACCAUCUGCAUUCCAACUCACACAUCUGUCCUACCUGGCUGCCACAAUUUAUCUCUUCCCUUGGACUCAACUAUUUUGCCUGCAGAAAACUGACCACAUCAAAACAGAUUUGUGUUUCAAAAUUGUAUAGCAAUGGAUGAAAAAUAUAUGAUAUAUACAGAAGUAAAACGUCCUCCUUGUCAGAAAAAAGUGAAAAAAGACAAGAAAAAUGAACAGUUAAUUUACUCAGAAGUGAGAACAUAUCCUAAAAACUCCAAUCAAAGAAAAAAAACAAAAACUGAACCACCUAAAGGAAAAGGAUCUUUAGUCCCCUUGGCCUGGUAUCUUGCUGUAGUGAUUCUUGGAAUUUUAUGUUUCUUUCUUCUUGUAACAACUGCAGUCUUUGGAAUCAUGGUUUUGCAGGGUCAUCAAACAAGUCAAUCACAGAACCCUUCCUUGAAUGCAACACAAUGCAAGUGCAUAUCUGAAAACAAAGGAAAUGAAGAAAAACAACUUAACUCAGGACCCAGUAGCAAUACAUGCAAAGCUAAAUGGUUAUGCUGUGGAGAGAAAUGUUACUUUUUCUCACCUGAUACAAAGAACUUUCAAGAGAGUAAGAAAUUCUGCAGAGAAAUGGGCUCCACACUUCUUAAGAUAGAAGACAAAAAAGAGCUGAAUUUCAUUCAAAGUCAUCUGUCUUAUUUUUAUUGGAUUGGUCUUUUCCGUGCUGGAACUAACAGUCCCUGGACAUGGGAAGACAAAUCAGCACCCUUUCUCAGAAUGGACUGGAAAGAGUCACAAGAUGGAAACUGUGCCUGUCUAGCAGCACGGAAGAUAGCUGCUCAUAGUUGUUCCCAACUACGGAAAUUUAUCUGUGAGAAGAGAAUUACAUGUCUUCCUACCUAGUGAUGGCAAAAAAUAGCAACUACAACUGAGAUACCUGUCACAAGCUUGACUCGCAAAAACCAAGAUCCUUGGAAGUUGUAGAGUCUCUCUUUUCCUCAUUUCAAUGUACUUUUGCUUUUUACCUUUUUGUGCAAUAUACCUAUGAGGUAGCCUGUUACUGAGGUGAGGUGUAUCAGAAUGGGGUACAUCAGACCCUCCACUUUUUCCCCUUUCACUUGUCAAUUGCCGAGUCAUAUGAAGGGUAUUAGAGUUUCUGAUAAGGAGCAGGAAGUGGAGUUCUUCAUGACCCCCUUCUGCCAUUUACACAGAUUUGUAAAUAACCUGAAAGCUUCAGUUACUAUAAUGCGUAUUUUGUCUGGGAAUGCAUGGUGGCAGGAAUAAAGUCAUUGCUCUGCAUGAGCUGUGUGUAUGUUUCUUUUUAUUUGUGGUUUUCAAGAGAAAGAGUGUGGCAUAGUGGAAAGAGAAAAUAUUUAAUCAGAACUGAG